GGCGCCUCCGUCCAUCCGCCAUUUUGAUUCGUGGUCGCUUGUCAGAGCGGAGAGCGGUGGUGACGAAUUUUUUCAAUAAAUUCUUCACUGCCGAUAUUUGGAUAAAUAAUUUUUUAUUUAUGAAGUGAUCAGAAAGCAGUCUAAAUGAUGGCGAGAUACGGUCAACGACCGGAAAAUGCCCUCAAACGGGCCAAUGAGUUCAUGGAACUGGAGAAGCCAGCCAGGGCCUUGGACACUCUUCAGGAAGUGUUCCGGAACAAAAAAUGGGCAUACAACUGGUCCGAAUCGGUCCUGGAGCCGAUUAUGUUCAAAUACUUGGAACUAUGCGUAGACCUGAGGAAGUCUCAUAUUGCUAAAGAAGGCUUGUUCCAGUACAGGAAUAUGUUCCAAUCCGUCAACGUAGGGUCGCUGGAGCAAGUAAUAAGAGGAUACUUGCGCAUGGCCGAGGAACGGACAGAGGCAGCCAGGGCUCAAUCCACACAGGCUGUCAUUGAUACUGAUGAUCUUGACAACUUAGCUACACCAGAGAGUAUCUUAUUAAGUGCAGUCUCCGGAGAAGAUGCACAGGAUCGCUCUGAUAGAACUAUACUUACACCAUGGGUGAAAUUCCUAUGGGAAUCCUACUGCCAAUGUCUAGAGCUGCUCCGUACCAAUGCACAUGUAGAAACUCUUUACCAUGACAUUGCCCGGAUGGCAUUCCAGUUCUGUCUCAAGUACUCUAGGAAGACAGAGUUCAGGAAACUGUGUGAUAAGCUGAGGAAGCAUCUCGAAGACAUUUGUAAGCCAACAGUACAAACUGGCAAUGUCAGCAUCACCAAGCCCGAGACCCAGCAGCUCAACUUGGAGACCAGGUUGUUCCAACUUGACAGUGCUAUACAGAUGGAGUUGUGGCAGGAAGCCUACAAAGCAAUAGAGGACAUCCAUAACUUAAUGAACAUGUCCAAGAAGACACCGGUUGCAAAGACCAUGGCCAACUACUAUGGUAAACUGGCGCUGGUCUUCUGGAAAGCUGGCCAUUGCCUGUUCCAUGCUGCUGCACUCCUCAAGCUGUUCCAGCUCUCUAGGGAGAUGAAGAAGAAUAUCACCCAGGAGGAAUUGCAGAAGAUGGCUUGCCGUGUCUUAGUAGCAGUUCUAUCAGUACCUCUACCAUCGCUGCAUCCCGAGUUUGACCGGUUUGUUGAAACUGACAAGAGUCCGGUGGAAAAGGCUCAGAGAUUAGCCGUCCUGUUAGGUUUGGCACAACCACCCACUCGAGCCAGCUUGUUGAAAGAUGUGAUCCGUCUGAAUGUUGUGAACUUGGCAUCACCGCAGCUGCAGCAGCUGUACAGCUGGUUGGAGGUGGAAUUUGAUCCGCUCACCAUCUGCGCCAACGUGCAGACUGUUGUCAAGCAUUUGCAAGAGGAGCCUAGUGAGUACUCGUCUCUGGCGCAGUACACGGUGGCGUUAACUGACGUGGCAUUGGUGCGGCUGGUGCGGCAAGUGGCACAGUGCUACUCUUGUGUGCAGUUCGCGCGCCUGCUGGAGCUGGCUCACACCACUGACCUGUUCCAUCUGGAGCGUCUGCUGGUAGACUGCGUGAGACAUAAUGAUAUGCAGAUACGCAUCGAUCAUGCUAAACAAUGCGUGCACUUUGGUGUGGAGUCUGGCGGCGGUGAGUGGUGCUCAGCUGCGGAUGAGGCGUGCGGUGGUGCCAUACUGCAGGCAACGCCUGCUGAACAGAUGCGUGAACAACUAGUACGUGCAGCUGAAGUACUAUCCCGGGCAGUACAUGAACUGUUCCCGGAGCGUCGUCGUGCGGAACGUGAGCGUGACCGCGCGCACAUGGUGCAGCACUACCACGAGAACAAACAUGCUGAACACCACAGAGUAUUGCAGCGGCAUAAGAUUAUAGAGGAGAGAAAGGAGUACAUCGAACGCCUGAACACCGUGCGCGAGGAGGAAGAGCUACGUCGUCAAGAGGAACAGCAGCGGUUGGCGGCGGCUGCAGAGGCGCGUCGGCUGGAAGCGGAGCGCGAGGAGCGGGAGAAGCGACGUCACGCCUCCGAGAUGGCCGCCAUGCGCGAGCGACAUCUACGCGAGAGAAUUGCUCACAUCUCACAGACUAUGCACGGCAAGAAAGUACUGCAGAAACUCGAUGAAGAGGAUUUGAAGAAAAUGGACGCGGAUGCUAUAUCUAAGCGCGAGGCUGAGGAGCUGAUGAAAGAACGCCGAGAGCUGCAAGCGCGACUUAAGUCGCAAGAGAAGAAGGUGGACUAUUUCGAGCGAGCUAAGCGCUUGGAGGAGAUCCCGCUGUUGCAGAAGAGUUUGGAAGAGAAGCAGGUACAGGACAAGGCGUUCUGGGAACAACAGGAAAAGGAGCGCAUACAACAACUUAUUGAGGCGCGUUCUCGUGACGUGGCGACUGCGAGCCGCCUGUCACGUAUGGCUGCGCACCGCGAGCAGUUCACAGCGCGACUGCGCAGUGAGCGCGGCGCUGCUCACCUCAAGUGCUUAGCUGACUUCCAGCAGCGGCUGACAUCUGAGCGCGAGGCGAGGCUGGCGCAGCGUAAAGCUCAGCGCAUUGAGAAACGAAGACAGGAGUGGUUGGCUGAGAAGCAACGUGCAGAGGAACGCGCUGCGGAGGAGGCGCGCCGGCUGAAGGAGGAGGAGGAGAAGCGAGAGAAGGAGGAACGCGAGCGUCGCCACCAGGAGGAGCUGAUCGCGCUGCGCGAGAGGAAGGAGAAGGAGCACCAGGAGAUGUUGGCGCGUGCGCGUGCGCAGGAGGCGGCGGCGGCGCGCAAGCUGGAGGAACAAAAAUCUUCCAGCUCCAGCUGGCGCCGUGCAGACGACACCUGGCGCGGCGGCAGCGGAGGUCCUGCAGCACCUGGAGCCCGUCGCGACGACCGACCACGAUCCUCGGAGCGACGAGAAGAACGCCCUCCACUCAAAGACGAAAAGGAAGCUGAAAGACCGCGACCAAAAGAAGCCGAACCUCGCAAGUUGGAUGAACCCAAGGCGACCACCGGCAGCAGCUGGCGACGCGACGACAGUCGCAGACCAGCUUUACCACCAAGCCGCAGUAUGGGUCCGCGUGAUGAACGACCACGGUCGCCUGAACGUCGGCCAUUACGUGACGAACGUGGCCCUCCGCCUAAAGAAGACCGUCCUCCAGCAAGAGAUGAAAGGCCACGUGUAGGCUACGGCGGACGAUCCAGUGGACCCGAGACCGGCAGCUGGCGCAGAGGACCUGCCGACCCGCCGCCAGCACCCACUGAACGUUCAUCAACAUGGCGUAGUAAAGACGGACCACCGCGUGAUGACCGUUAUCGUGACGGUCCAAGAGACAGAGACGGGCCAAGAGAUCGUGACGGGCCAAGAGAUCGUGACGGACCGAGAGACCGUGACGGACCGAGAGAUCGCGAUGGACCUAGAGACCGCGAUGGUCCCAGAGAUCGUGAACGCUACCCGCCGAGAAGAGAUGAUCGUGAUGGUCCUAGGAGAGAUGACCGUGAUGGUCCCAGGAGAGACGACCGCGAUGGUCCUAGAAGGGAUGACCGCGAUGGUCCUAGGAGAGAUGAUCGUGAGGGGCCGCGUAGAGAAGACCGCGACCGUCGCCCGCCGCCACCACGUCGUGACGAGAAACCUCGUGAUCCUGAUGGCGACUGGCAGUCAGUAAGGCGCUAAAUCAUCAACAAAAUGUCCAGAUGUGUCCAAAGUGCUGGUUCACAAAUAACUGGACAAAUAUGUCACCGAUCAAUAAUGAAUACAGACCGUUUGCAAUUUAACUAGGCAAAGAUUCAGCAACUUGUAACACACUAGUUAAUAUGAAAUUAUCAUUCCAAUUUAAAGUGUAUAAUUUACCUAGUUAAAUUACAAAUGGUCGGAUUUCAAGAUAAGUUGGUGACAUUCUUGUAACCAUUUCGUUUCAGUCUGAAUACAUACAUGAUUUACUAUUGGGGCUUUUUAUUGCGCUUUAUAUUUACUUACGCUGAACACUUAGGCUAUUAAUUGCGUCACCCAUCAUCGUCAGAUUAACUUAGAUUUACAUAUUACAAAGGUUAUUCCGUAGAAAUCUCACUGUGGUAAUAAUGGCGUCAUUUUUAUCUUUGAUAAAAUAGAGACGGCAUUAUAAAUACAAUUGUUACUCCUACAUAUUCUAGCUUGUUCAUCUACUUUCUAUCAUAAACAGAAGAAUUAAAAGUUUCAAAUAUAAAAAUGCUAGUUUUUUUUUCUAAUUCAAUAAAUAUAUGGAGUGUAGUUUUAUCAUAUAUUAAAUUUACAACUGUUGAAUAUAUAACAAAAUAUAGCUUGUAUAUAAUGCACGCCACGAAUUGUCUACGAUCUGAAGUUGGGAACAAACGCAGAUAUGUUGUCUCUGUCGCACUUAUCAUGUUCGUAUAUUGCUGUCUCUCUCACACUGGUAACUUCACGUGAAGUUCGUGGCUAGUAUUAUAUAACCAGUCGUUAUGUAGUUUAUAUACAUUUACACGAGUUUUAAAUAUUUUUCUAUGCAAUAAUUAUCGUAAGCAAAUUUGCUUUGAAGAAUAGUUUUUGUUUCGAAUUUAUAAUCAUUCAAUUUUAGUUUUAAAGUAAGGUUAUGUCAAUCGACAGAUUCUGACGGGAAUUUUCCCGGCAUUUCUUUGAUAAAAUGACAUCUGUCAAUCUUGACCUUGUAAUGAUUUUAUAUAUUUCACAUACUAACGAUUGGUUUUGUCAUAAAACAAAUGGGCUUCAUUAAAUUAGGUCACAAUAUAGCCAAUGUACAAUCCUAAGUGUUAA